GGUAUCACAUGGGGCUGUGCUUAUAGAAUAUGUGGACAAACGGCCCUGGAUUAUUUAAAGCAACGAGAAUGUACAUUAGGUGGUUAUACAACAGUCGAUACAAAAUUCUAUCCCCGCGUUGCAUCCUAUGAUGCUGCCUUUGGUGGUGAAGCUCUGCCCGUUCUAGUCUAUGUCGCCAAUAAGGACAGUGAACAUUGGCUAGGUGAAGAUCGACUGGAAAAUGUUGCCAAACAAAUUGUCGAAUGUGAAGGACCCAGUGGCCAUAAUGCCGAAUAUCUGCUAAGGCUUGCAACAUUUAUGCAUGAGGAAAUUCCCGAAAUAUGGGAUGAGCAUUUAUUUCAAUUGGAAUCGCUGGUCCUUGGUGAGCUGCGUAAACGCAACAUCCCCCUGUGGUCGGUUAUGGGUAGAAAUCGUGAUCGUAUCCGUCGUGAUUCACAUGAGGAGAUACGACGGCCGCCUAGUUUUGAAUUUACAUCACGGGUACCGGAACGUAAGCUGCGUUGUUUGAAUAUUUAGGAGAAAAAAGGAGA